AUGGAAAAAAAUCAAGCACGAGAAGAGCGUCUAAAGAUGCUUCGUGAACGCACGAGACAAUCAACUCAUGAAAAUCGAAAAGAAUUGGUAAAAGAGAGCGCAAGAGAGAAAGUAGAUCCUUCUCUAGAGCACCGGUUAGAACGAAAACGUUUGGAGGCAGAAGAGGAAUUGGCAAGAAUAGAAGCUGAAGAGAACGGAGAAGAUUAUGAUCGAAAACGUGCUUGGGACUGGACGAUUGAAGAAAGUGAAAAGUGGGAUCAACGGAUUCGCCGAAAACAGCAAACAAAGAAAGCAGCAGAUUUUACAGACUACCAUGAACAAGCUCAAAAAGAUUACAUGAGAGGUAUACGCGAACUGAAACCCGAUUUGCAAAAGUACAGGAACGAAAAAGAACAGCAAAACGAUCAAAAUUCCGUUUCGCUGUAUGACGAAGCUGACCGACUCGAUUGGGUCAACAAUAAACCCGAUAAAGAGAAAGUCGACCGCUUAGUCGAGGACAUUCAAAAGCAAGACAUGCGACGACAAAAGAAUAACAAACGAAAGGGACAAGGCAACGAAGAUCACAUCACUUUCAUCAAUGAACGGAAUCGUAAAUUCAACCUCAAACUUCAAAGAUUUUACUCCAGAUACACAAAGAACAUUCAGGAAGAUUUGGAACGAGGUACUGCUUUAUAA